AUGGCAUAUGAUCGGUAUGUUGCCAUCUGUGAUCCAUUGUUUUAUGAGACCACAAUGACCAAGGAGGCUUGUAUCCAAAUGGCAGCCUUUUCAUGGAUGGUUGCCCUUUUCUAUGCAAUGUUGCACACAGUUGGCACGUUUGCAAUGUCUUUCUGUUCCAAAUUCAUUGAUCAGUUUUUCUGUGAAAUCCCACAACUACUUAAGAUCUCGUGUUCUGACCGAUAUUUCCUUGAAAUUGGUGUCCACAUCAUUGGAGCAUGUUUAUCCUUUGGGAGCUUCCUUUUCAUUAUCUUAUCUUAUAUUCAAAUCUUCCGAGCGGUGAUGAGAAUCCCAUCUACUCAGGGAAGGAAGAAAACAUUCUCCACUUGUACUCCCCAUUUCCUUGCUGUCUCCUUGUUCCUUUUUACUAGUUCUUUUGCCUAUCUGAAGCCAAUCUCAAACUCGCCUAUCAAUCUGAACUUGGCAGCUGCUGCAGUCUAUUCUGUUAUUCCCCCACUGAUGAAUCCAGUCAUCUAUAGCAUGAGGAACAAACAAAUCAAAGCAGCAAUAAGGAAAUGCAUGUGUGUUCAUAGGUCUGCCUUUCAUCAUGGCUAA